AUGACAGAGCUCGGUCAUGACAGCAGCGAAGUGGGUCGUGUGCUGCUGCUGCGCCCAGUGAAGGGCUGCCCCACCUCGCCUCGCCUGUACGGCGCGUUCCUGCCCGGUGUCACACUGCCACCGUGGCUGUACCUGCGCUCCCCGCUUCCCACCAGCCUCAUUGCCUUCUGGGACAUCUUUCUUUCAACAGGUUCUUGCCUGUUUUGUACAGCUCAAAGGCUGCCAUGGAACAAAAGCCAUACUGUGGGCAGAAAAGUAAAUGAAACCAAUACUGGAAAUGGCUCGAUUACAGAUAACGAUCAGUCUGUGGUGCAACCAACUUCACCGAGAGCUGUUCUGCUGCCGACUACCGCCACGAAUCCUGUCAGCCAUGCUGCACCAACACCUGCCAGUGCCCAAGAAAGUGUAACGAGAAGAACAGAGACGAAUGCUUGGCCAAACAGCACGCGCCCGAGGUCCACUGAUGGCAUCGCUUUAUCUUCACAUGUCACUAUGGUGUCAAAAGAUGGAAUAACUAACUCUGCCACAAACUUCAACCGAAUCCCAGUGUCUGUAGUGACACUGACAACAUGGAGUGACUUUUCUGGAGUGACCAAAAGUGCCGCAGCUAUUUCUACUUCCACAGCGAGACCGAGUAACUCCACAGUCACCUACAGUACCGUUGUGGCUGUGUCACACCCAAGUGAUACCUCUUCAAGCAACCCCAGCGUGUUGUUCCCCACUGGUAUCACUCCAACAUCACCCACGGCAAAGCACACAAAACAAAGUCCUACACCAAACUUCAACUCCACCCAACAGACAACGGAGCUGAAUCAUAAUUUCACCGGCCCUUCUACUGCACCAUCUGAGCCAAAAGAUAUCAGUGAAG